UAGAUACUCAGAGUUGGUAAAAAAUUAACUUGCAAAGGAAACCAUUGCAAAAAUAUACAUUCGAGUCACUAAUUUCAACGCGUUAUUGAUUACCUCAAUCUAUCUAUCGAUGGCAAAUCUGCUUAGAUGUUUCAAAUAAUAAUAUAAAUAAUUCGUUACCGUGUACGGAAUCAAGAAUAAUAAAGAUAAAAAAUAAAACGACCGAAAUAGUUACAUAAUUGCAGUUGCCUUUCUUUUUAUGAUGCGGUGUUUAAACGGAAAUAAAAAUAUGUAUUAGCCUCGCAUCAUAUUUUUAGCAAGCUAUUUUUAUCACAUAUUGCAGACUAUAUAUAUCGACUCAAAUCAUGUUUGAUUUAAACAAUUCCUAUAAGAUGUAAUAUAAAAUAAUCAAAUCAAAUCAAUAGAUCAAUCAAGUCAAAUAUAAUAUAAUAUGUCUGAACAACCAGAUCAUGAAAAUCAAAAAUCAUCGAAGCAAUUCAUUGAAAGUGAUGCCGGUGAUGGUACUAAAAGAGAAGAUCAAUAUUUACAUGGUAGUCGUUUAGCUGCUUGUUUUGUUGCUAUCUUCCUUUGUAUGUUCCUUGCUGCUUUAGAUCAAACCAUUGUUACCACUAUUCUUACUACUGUCGGUGAUAAAUUCAAUUCAUUUGACCAAGUUGGUUGGUUAGCUUCUGGUUUCCUUAUGACCAUGGCUAUUUUUAUUCAACCAUUUGGAAAAUUAUCAAUUAUUUUCGGUAGAAAAUAUACCAUGAUGGUUGCCAUUGUUAUUUUUGAAGCUGGUUCAUUAAUGUGUGCUCUUUCUCCAAAUAUGAAUGUAUUAAUUGGUGGUAGAGUUUUAGGUGGUAUUGGUGCUGCUGGUAUUCAAGGUUUAACUUUUGUUAUCAUUAGUGAAGUUGUUCCAAUUGAAAAACGUCCUAUUGGUAUGGCUGUUAUGAGUUGUGUGUUUGCUCUUGCUAGUGUCCUUGGUCCAUUAAUCGGUGGUGCUUUUACUACUCACGUCAGUUGGAGAUGGUGUUUCUAUAUCAACUUACCAAUUGGUGGUAUUGCCAUGACUUUCUUUAUUUGGGCUUUUAAUCCUCCAAGACCAAAAGUUGAUAUGUGGGAAGAAGUUAAGAAAUUUGACUACUUUGGUACCUUUUUAUUAAUUGCUGGUUUUGUUGUCUUCUUAUUAGCUUUAACUUUUGGUGGUAAUGCUUAUUCAUGGCAUUCAGCUCCAGUUAUUUUAUGUUUUGUUUUAGGUGGUUUAACCUUAGUUGCAUUUACUAUUUGGAAUGUUUACUUUUCAAAGAAUCAAAUCUUUCCAAAUGAAAUUACCAGAGUUCCUCAAAUCAUUGCAUCUGUUCUUACCAUCAGUGGUAGUUUUGCUUUUUUCAUCACUUCAAUUGUUUAUCUUUCAAUUUAUUUCCAAGUCAUUCAUGAAGCAACUGCUAUGGCUUCUGGUUUACAUACUUUACCACUUGUUAUAUCAGUCGUUGUUAGUGCUAUGGUUUCUGGUAUUCUUAUUCAAAAGUUCAAAUAUGUUAAACCAUGGGGUGUUGCUGCUGGUAUUAUUGGUCCAAUUGGUUGUGGUCUUCUUUGUUUAUUAGAAGUUGAUUCUUCAUUUUCCGCUCAAGUUGGUUUAUUAAUUCUUGCUGGUGUUUCUGCUGGUAUGCAAAUGCAACCAAGUAUCCUUUCUGGUCAAAUCAGUGCGCCUAAAACCGCUGGAAGUCUUAUUAUGGUUACCUCUUUCAUUAACUUUGCAAGAUCAAUGGCUGCUGCUAUUGGAUGUGAUUUAGGUGAUGCUGUUUAUACAUCUUCAUUAAAAUCACUUUUCAAAAAAGCCAUUGAACAUGAAACUAAUCCUCAAAUUUUAAGUGAUUUACAAGGGGUUGAUGUACAAAGAUUAGUAUCCAAUAAUGCAUUUGUUAAAGAAUUAAGUCCAGCAACUCAGUAUUUUAUUAAAUCUCAAAGUAUGGGAGCCAUCAGAAAUGUCUUCUAUAUGUGUAUUGGGUUCGCAGCAAUUUCAACCAUUGCUUCAUUAUUCAUAACAAACAAGAGGUUACCUGAUGCUCCAUCUGGUGCUCCAAAGCCUGCCGACAAAGAAAAGGAAGAAGAAGAAGAAGUUGUGGAAAAGAGUGAAGAUAAUAAGGAGCCUAGUGAUAAGGAAGAAGAAGAAGAAGAAGAAUUAGAGUAAAUUUAGAUAAAUAUCAAAUAUAAUUUAGAAGAAAUGGGGUUUUUUGUAUAUAGAGACGGUCUCACUAAUAAAAUUAAUACAUAAUUAAUAAAUAAUUUAAUACGUAAUAAUAAUAAU